CGAGAUACAUAAACUAAAGCUAUAUGGAAGCAUACAAGUUCAAACUCCAACCAAACUGACACUUAGAAGAAGGAAAUGAGAUUUAUAGACGGGGUGGAUGUUGGUUGUUUGGUGGGCAUUGGGUUUGACUUUAUCUUGGCAUAUGGGUUACAUCGACUCUACAAGCGUGCUCUGCGUUCUGCUAUCAACAUCGAAAAUGUUCAGAAGUAUUCAAUUGACAAGGAAUUGUCCAAAAAGCUUGAAGAUGCCCCCUACAGUGUUAUCCCUUAUGGAUGCAUUGAAGGAGUGAUCUAUCCUGCUGUGGCAACUUUAAAGAGCAACUUCAAUUCGGAAAAAGAAGGAGUUAUGCAACAUACCUCUUUGGUUGAGCACAAGUCAAGAAGAGUUCAAGGCAUUUGGUCUGAUGUAAAGAAUGUCAUACGAGACACACUGGAAAUGAUUCCAUUCUAUCUUGUUCCACAUGGAGAAGGCCUUCAUACCACAAGAGUCUUGGUGACUGAGCCCAACUCUGCCCACCACAUUGACGAGGAACUGUCUGUCACUCACGAAAACUUCAUUCAAACUCCGUCCGACAUCAUAAAGAAAGGAAUGGAGUUGAUCAGUGGAGAAGUCCACAAGGGGUACCAGGAGACAGAGAAAAUGCUGCUUGUUGGGAGACAUCUCAUGGCCAUUGGAAAACUUGUUAAAGAAGGAGAAGAAAUAAAGAUGAUGCCACCAUCUUCAGACUUUCGAUACAUUCUAUCUCAAAAAACUAAAGAUGAAUUAGUAAGGCUGCAUAGGAACAAAGCGACUAUAUAUAAAGUUUUGGUUGGGGUACUAGGGGUUGCUGGAGCUACCCUAAUUUGUGUAUUGGUGUAUAGGUAUUACAAAAAGAUAAAAAAUUAUAAAGAUGAACAAAGAAGGAAAGAGGAGUUCCAGCGACUUAGAGAUCGAGAGGAACAAAGGCGAGCUAGGAUAGCACACCGAACAAACCCAGAGACACUUUUGUCAAAUACAAACUCUAAUACAUCAGACAAUUGGGAUCAAUUAAAAUGUGUGGUUUGUUUGACCAAUGAGAGGGAAGUUGUACUGUUGAACUGUGGACAUGUAUGUAUAUGUGGAGACUGUGCAUUUGCUCUGCCUGAACCAAAGAAGUGUCCUGUAUGUCGAGAAAGAGUAGAAAGAUUUGUCACAACUUUUACACCAUGAUUUAUACAGAAAUUAAACUAAUAUUUCAUGUUAAUUUAAACAUAUCUCUACAGCCAGGGACGUAUAUUUAGUCCCUUCUACAGCUUUGAUGUGGUGUAAGAUUUGUUUACAUAGGUCUGUGUUUGAAGAAUAUCAUGAGAUUUAUUUUUAAAGAAUUACAAGUUCAUUUUGUUACAAAAAUAACAUAUCUUUUCCUCUUCAUUUAAUUAACCCCCUUCAUUCAUAGAGACAGUCAACGAUGAAGAGCACACGUAGUGUAUUUAUUUAGAUUACAUAACCUUUGAAAUAGAAACAGAAAAUCACGUUACAAAAAUUCUAUUUAAUUUCACUCGGACAGGAACACCCCACCCAAUCUCCCCUAAAUAAUAGAUAAUUCACAAGGGCAGAUAACUUUAAUUGAACGUGAAGUAAAAUUGUAUAGUGUUAUGGGGAUUAUUUCCCUUUCACUUGCUGUAUAAACAUACUGGACUAUGAAGAAAGAAUUCUAAUCACAUCUUAGUUACUACAUGUAUCAGUAGACUUAUUUCCCUCAAUCCUUUUUAAAUUUUUUCGAGGGGGAAGGCUACUAAUACAGAGUAAUUGUAGUCAGACUUCGUUUUUGAUGGUUGUCAUGAGAUUGAUUGACGUUCUAUGCAGUCCCCGUUAGUUUUCUACGUCUGUUAGUUAUGUGACUCGGGCGGACUUGUUGAUCGGCCGCAUUAAAAGGACUUAACUUGAAAACUUAGGACUCAGUACAGAUGGUGCUGGUAAAUGCACAUAUAUUUUUUUAUAAAUCAAAUCACUUUGUGAUGUAGUGAAGUCACGUAAAAGACAUACAUUGCUCAUUUGAUCUGAACAUUGGUGACGAUUAAUUUUCUUAUUUUCAGUGCAAGAGCUGAAUUUGGAUGAAAAAUAAAAUCAGUUCUCCUAUUUGAAAAUUCAAUAAUUUUUUUAAGCUUAGAAAUGACGUUUGCGUAACAUAAAUCACAAAGAAUGACAGACGUUAUUCAUUAUGUUCAAAUUUAAGAAUUAAUUUUAUUUGAGCUUACAAACUGAAAAUAUGUAGUUCUAUAGGGAAAAUUUGGUUUUGACAUUUCAACACAUCAUAUAUCUAUGGCACGCCAAAUUCACAAAAAUGAGUUAAAUAUAACAUAGCUUCACUGUAUAGAUGCUAGAUUUAUCUCCUGUAAACUAUAGUCUCCUGUAAACUAUAGUUUACAAACCGUUAACCAUUCUUUAAUCAUUUGUAAAACCAUAUUUGACGUAAACUCUAGUUUACGAAUUUACCAAAUAAACUGUUUUGAAAUCGAAAA